AUGAGCCACUGGGGGAGUCUAUGCCGGCCACAGCUGCCACCGGACUACUUGCGGCGUGACCUGCUCUUCCAGCUGCUGGACUGCUGUCAAACAAAGGGAAGUGCCCACCCAACGGUCUCGAGGGUGCGUCAUGCGGAGAAUCCCAUCGUCCGGCUUUACGGUGUUACGGCUGAGGGGCAUAGCGUUUUGGUGCACUGCUACAACUACGAGCCGUACCUGUGGAUCAGGGCACCAAAAGAGUGGCUUCCGGCGUACUCGCAGUUGCUCAAAUCCGAGUUGAACGCCCAGCUUGACACGCUUACACAUGCCUCAGACACCGUGGUGCGCAUUGAGGUGCACAAGCGACAGAGCAUCAUGCACUACCAGGAUGAGGGCCUGACGGAGCACCUCAAGCUAGUUGUACAGCUUCCACAGCACAUUCCGAGGCUGCGUGCUCUGCUUUCCGAUCAUGGGGUUGCGUGUGCGGGGGCAUGGGACGGUGUCCGUGUCUUCUCCACCUACGAGAGCAACAUUAUUUUUCCGUUACGUUUCAUCGUUGACAAUGGCAUUAGUGGUUGCAACUGGCUGACGAUUCCGGUGGGCAAGUUUUGCAUCGCCACGGAGCGUACGUCGACAUGUCAAAUUGAGCUCUGUUGCUCGCAUGAGGCGGUGCAAAAUCAUGACGCGGUCGGACAAUAUUUGUCCAUCGCCCCGUUUCGUAUCCUCUCUAUUGAUAUUGAGUGUCAGGGUAAGAAGGGUCUCUUUCCAGACCCUAAUGAGGACCCUGUUAUUCAGAUCGCUAACCACUGUAUUAGCUACGGCAAUGAGGCGGAACCACUGACCCGAACAAUAUUUACACUUAAAAGUUGUGCACCCAUUGCCGGGGCGCAGGUGUGCUCUUGUGAAACAGAAGAAGAAAUGCUACUGGAGUGGGUGCGUUUUGUGAAGGCGGUUGAUCCGGACAUUUUUACAGGGUACAAUAUCAGCAACUUUGAUUUUCCCUACCUGCUCAAUCGCGGUGCGGCGUUGAAGAUCAACGCCGCCUUUCAUUAUUGGGGUCGUCAAGUAAACGAGCGAACCGUCCCGAGAGAGAAAAAGUUUCAGUCUAAGCAGAUGGGUAACCGUGAAUACACGGAGUUGACACUGGAGGGACGGGUGAUUCUAGAUGUUAUGGUGGUUAUUCAACGAGACUACAAACUGCGCUCAUAUUCCCUUAACGCAGUAUCGCAGCACUUUUUGGGUGAGCAAAAGGAAGACGUGCAUCACUCCAUCAUUGCGGACCUGCAACAAGGAAACGAGGAGACGCGACGACGACUGGCAGUGUACUGCUUGAAAGAUGCUCUUCUACCUGUAAAGCUGCUGGAGCGUCUGAUGAUAAUUAUAAAUAAUGUUGAGAUGGCGCGUGUGACGGGGGUUCCGAUUCAGUGGCUCUUGGAGCGUGGGCAGCAGAUCAAGGUUUUCUCCAUGAUGCUGCGCAAGUCCAAGGCGAAGAAUCUCGUUGUUCCGGCGGUUGGGUACUCUGGCGGCGGCGGUGACCAACGCGGCUACGAGGGUGCCACAGUUAUUGAGCCGCUGAAAGGAUUUUACAACUGCCCCAUCGUCACCCUUGACUUUGCGUCUCUGUAUCCAUCUAUUAUUAUUGCCCAUAAUUUGUGCUACUCCACGCUUGUACGUCCCUCCGAUAUCGGACGAUGCCCAGCGGAAAUGUUGAGCCGCACCCCCACCGGCGACACUUUUGUGAAGCGGGAGCUUUUCCCUGGUAUUCUUCCCGAGGUGUUGCAAGACCUCCUUGCGGCGCGGAAACAUGCCAAAUCGUUGAUGAAAAACGUCCCCAUGGAGUCUCUUGAAUAUAAAGUUCUGAAUGGUCGUCAAUUGGCCCUUAAGGUAAGUGCAAACUCGGUUUACGGCUUCACAGGGGCACAGGUAGGGAAACUACCGUGUUUAGAGGUCAGUUCUUCCGUCACCGCGUACGGGCGGUUGAUGAUUGAUCAAACCAAAUCCCUCGUGGAGUCCCUCUACCCAGGUGUGAAGGUUGUCUACGGUGACACAGACUCCGUGAUGAUUAAGUGUGUGACGGACGAGAAAGGGACAGACAAGGAACGGUUGGAGUAUGCAAUGUCGUUUGGUAAAGCGGCGGCAGAGGACGUAUCAAGCCACUUCUUGAAACCUAUCAAAUUGGAGUUUGAGAAGGUGUAUUUCCCGUACUUGUUGAUGAACAAGAAGCGGUAUGCAGGACUACUCUGGACAAACACUGAACGGUACGACAAAUUAGAUGCAAAAGGUAUAGAGACUGUGCGACGUGAUAACUGUCCACUCGUGGCCAGUGUUAUUUCUGGGGUGCUGAAUCGAAUUCUGAUUCAGCGCUCUGUGGAGAGCGCAGUGGAGUUUGUCAAGGGAACAAUCCGCGACCUCCUGUUGAACCGCCUUGACAUUUCCCACCUCGUCAUCACGAAGGCGUUUUCCAAGGCAGAGAACGAGUACGCGGUGGCGCAGGCUCACGUUGCCCUCGUUGAGCGAAUGCGCAAACGCGACCCUGCCUCCGCACCAAACAUCGGUGAUCGCGUCGCGUAUGUCAUUGUCCGAGCAGCGAGGGGUGCCAAGGCGUACGAGCGCAGCGAGGAUCCCAUUUAUGUGCUGGAAAACAACGUUCCCAUCGACACCCAGUAUUACCUGGAGCACCAACUCGCGCCGCCGCUUCUACGCGUGUUUGAGGGCGUCCUCGAUGACCCCAGCGUCCUGAUCAAGGGGGACCACACACGCCAUGUUUUGGUGUCAGCGCCUAGCAAAAAUGCCGGGGGGUUGAUGAAAUUUGUCAGGAUUCAGCUUCAGUGCAUCUCCUGUCGUGCCAUCAUAAAAGAGGGAGCUCUUUGUGAUAACUGCCGUCACAAGGAGACUGAAGUCUAUGGGAAGAUUGUGGCGAAACGAAAUCACUACGAGGCAAUCUACUCUCAGGUUUGGACGCAGUGCCAGCAGUGCCAGGGCUCCCUGAAUCAGGAGGUUAUAUGCACAAGCAGGGAUUGCCCGGUGUUCUACAUGAGAAAGAAGGUACAGAAGGACGUUAAGGAGCAGCAAACACUGCUAGAUCGCUUUGGCGUCGUGGACGACUGGUGA